AAACAGUCCUUGUACUGAAUCCCAAGCCAGUAGAGCACCUUUGCUGAAGGGUUGAGGAUAGUUUUACACUUUGGUACAAACUGAAAUUUUUAACGUGAGUUUUUUUCUACUUUUUUUAAAGGGGAUACACAUUUGUCUCGUAAAUCAGACAUUUUUGGUGUUGUAUCAUCGGUUUGUGGAGCUUAAAGGUUUAUUGGGAUGUCUGGAUCAGGGAGAAUGUCAGGACAGUGAAGCUGCCAGAUGUGAUAAUGGACAUUUUUUGUUGAGAAGCUGAGCUUGUGUUCUUUAUUGUCAUCAUUCGCAAUGGGUCAGCGACUCAGUGACGAUUCGGACGAUAAAGAGAUUGAUGUUGCUGAACUGCAGGAGUGGUAUAAAAAUUUUGUGGUUGAAUGUCCGAGCGGAAACCUCUUCAUGCAUGAGUUCAAGAGCUUCUUUGGUGUAACUGGAAACCCAGAAGCGGCCGAUUAUAUAGAAAACAUGUUUCGUGCUUUUGAUAAAAAUGGGGACAACACUAUUGAUGUUCUGGAAUACGUUGCAGCGUUGAAUCUAGUGCUGCGAGGAAAGUUGGAGCACAAACUGAAAUGGACUUUUAAAAUGUAUGACAAAGAUGGGAGCGGCUGCAUCGACAAAACAGAGCUCAAGGAGAUUGUGGAGUCAAUCUACCGACUAAAGAAAGCCUGCCAUGGUGAACUUGAUGAAGAGUGUAACCUACUGACCCCAGAUCAGGUGGUGGACCGAAUAUUUGAGCUAGUGGAUGAGAAUGGAGAUGGGGAGUUGUCUCUGGAUGAGUUCAUUGACGGGGCACGACGUGACAAGUGGGUCAUGAAGAUGCUGCAAAUGGACGUGAACCCCGGGGACUGGAUCAAUGAACAGAGACGCCGCAGCGACAACUUCUGAACUCCAUAUUCACCAAAACAACCCUUAACAUAAGCCUACCCCUUAACCAACCAAUACAGAGCAUGCAUAGUUUCUCAAGUACAGUCUUAAGGGCUUUUCACACUGAACGCUUUUGAAUCGAAACAAUAGAUCCCUAUGGGGCUAUUCACACCAGGAGCGAUCAUUUGUUUGUUUUUUUCGUCUUGUGUGUCGAUUUUUUCCCCGUCGCUCCGCGAUGAAACGGGCUGUCCAAUCAGAUUUGAGCUUAGAUCACGUGCGUGGAGCAGCUGCUGUUGCACAAAAAG